AUGACUGUCGGCCAAGCUCGCGGCACAGCCAGCAAGGCGAAGAAGCAUUCACCUAUCUUGCAAGCAAUCCAUCUUCUCUUAUCAUCGUCGAAUACUAAUGAGUUCAGAUUUGGUGGUAGACUCCUUCGCCUACAUGUAGGCCCAAAGCGUCGCCAGUUUUCAGCACACGAGGACAUGCUUUGCAAGCAAUCCACCUUCUUCAAGAACCAUUUCCAGACUGUGCGUAAAGACGUUGAGGGUGGGUGCAUCAUCUGUCACGAAUAUCUUGAUGCCUUGGUCCAAACCUUGACGUACUGCAAGACAUGUGGAAACAAUCUGCAUCAAGAUUGUAUGAAACAAUGGUACGAGAACAACAGCACUUGUCCCACAUGCCGUUCAAAGUGGAUCCUGUCGGACUUUCUUGAUACCACAAGUCUUGAUGAUAUGGAUGCUGAUGGCUUCGACGUAUACGUCCAGUGGCUCUACGGACACACUAUCCCAGUCUAUAAGGCGGACAAGGGAGAUCACGAACUUCGCUGCUUCCGACUGAUUCUUGUGCACGAGGUGGGCGAAACUCUCGAAGACAUCGAAUUCUUGCAAGUCGUGCGUCAAGAAAUCAUCGAAUGCAGCUUGAGAAUGACGGACAAGUCUCGUCAUCAGCUAAUGCUUGUGGCGUACCAGAAGACAACUCGUUCUUGUGCCCUUAGACGAUUGUUCGUUGACUUAUUUGCUCGUCAGACCAACUACGAUACGUUGAAGAUGGUAGAGACUCCGGGCCGUAUAUUCAGGGACCUUGUACAGUGCUUAAUGGAAAGGGUGAAGGCUCAAGGCGAACAGGACGUGUGGAGCCUUAUGAGUGCUGUCGGGCACAUUGAGGAAAUUGAAGACAGGUGCUAG